GAAGUAUCCAAUAAUCCACCUCGAAAUCAUCAUGACCCUAGUCGCAAUCCGUUCAGUCGCCUCCCCAGACCACUACGUCGGCCUUGACGCGAACUACCUUCACGAGUUCAAACCCUCCGGCGGCGGUCAAGUCAAAACCCAGACUUACGUCGCCAGCUACGAAACCUUCUCCCUCGAGCGGAACGACGACGGGACCGUGUCGUUCAAAUCCACGGCCUUCAAUGACACCUAUAUUCGCUUGGACGGAACCGACGUCCCCGAGGGCACCCUCAUUGCCCCAGGCGGGGGUGUAGUCAACGGCCAGCACACAGCGCACUCCUGGGAAAAGUUCCGCAUCCGCCAGAAAGAGAGUGAAUUCCACCAGUAUAAGGCUGUGGUGGGCAUUGAGUCCGCCGCAUUUCCUGGGAGAUAUUUGAGGUUAGAUGCACACAAGGGGAUCGUUAAUGUGCAGGGCGUUUCUAAAAGCCUGGAAGAAUUCGAGAUCUUAGUUGUCGGGUAAAUGAAUUCAAUUUAGUUCCGCAUUACUUACUUGUACUUGUAUUCAUAGCUCAUUUGAAUAUGGCGCGACUUUCAAUGUUGCAUUGUAUGUUAUAACCUUAUUGAAGAUGAGAGUGGGGUCGAUAAGAGAUAAUAAAGCGGGUUCUCGUCCACUC